CCGGACGGUUUCCGCCGCCAUUGCAGGUUUCUAGAGUUCCUCAGCAGCGGUUGACAUUCUGGAGUUGAAGCGCCUCAUUUACAUUGAGCGGGCAACUAGAGUAAUCUAACAUUCCCGGUUCACCUGCCCCCCUCCUCCCCCCUCCCAAAAACACAAGACCACCUCCAUUCAUUCCCGGCUCUGGAGUAGUUUAGGUUGGGCAGAAAUAAUAGCAGGAAUUAGAGAGGAAAGCGAAGAGGAACCACCAUCAUCAUGGCUCAAGUCUUGCCUAUCAGAUUCCAGGAGCACCUGCAGCUCCAAAAUUUGGGGAUCAACCCAGCCAACAUCGGAUUCAGUACCCUGACGAUGGAGUCUGAUAAGUUCAUCUGUAUCCGGGAGAAGGUUGGAGAACAGGCACAGGUGGUGAUCAUCGACAUGGCGGACCCAAACACCCCCAUCCGCAGGCCCAUCUCUGCAGAUAGCGCUAUCAUGAACCCUGCGAGCAAAGUCAUCGCACUUAAAGACGCUGCCAAAACCCUGCAGAUCUUUAACAUCGAGAUGAAGAGUAAGAUGAAAGCCCACACCAUGACUGAUGAUGUCACUUUCUGGAAGUGGAUCUCUCUUAACAGUCUUGCCCUGGUGACGGAUAAUGCAGUCUAUCAUUGGAGCAUGGAGGGAGACUCUCAGCCAGUCAAAGUAUUUGACAGACAUUCCAGCCUGGCAGGCUGUCAAAUCAUCAACUACCGCACCGAUGCCAAGCAGAAGUGGCUGCUGCUCAUUGGCAUUUCUGCUCAGCAAAACAGAGUUGUUGGUGCCAUGCAGCUAUACUCAGUUGACAGGAAGGUGUCACAGCCUAUCGAGGGUCACGCUGCUGCCUUUGGCCAGUUCAAAAUGGAGGGAAAUGCAGAAGAAUCCACUCUCUUCUGUUUCGCUGUGCGAGGUCAGGCAGGAGGAAAGCUUCACAUUAUUGAAGUGGGGACACCACCGACCGGAAACCAGCCAUUCAUAAAGAAAGCUGUGGAUGUGUUCUUCCCUCCAGAAGCACAGAAUGACUUCCCCGUUGCCAUGCAGAUCAGCUCCAAACAGGACGUUGUAUUUCUCGUCACUAAAUACGGUUACAUUCAUCUGUAUGACCUGGAGACGGGCACCUGCAUCUACAUGAACCGAAUCAGCGGGGAGACCAUUUUUGUGACGGCACCCCACGAAGCCACAUCUGGAAUCAUCGGCGUGAACAGGAAAGGACAGGUGUUGUCAGUGUGUGUUGAAGAGGAGAACAUCAUUCAGUACAUCACCAAUGUGCUGCAGAAUCCAGACUUGGCUUUACGGAUGGCAGUCCGAAAUAAUCUGGCAGGAGCCGAGGAGCUGUUUGCCCGCAAGUUUAACAACCUCUUUGCCGCAGGAAACUACUCGGAGGCAGCUAAAGUGGCCGCUAAUGCUCCAAAGGGUAUCCUGCGCACUCCUGACACCAUCCGCCGGUUCCAGGGCGUCCCGGCCCAGCCCGGCCAGACAUCCCCACUUUUGCAGUAUUUCGGGAUCCUACUGGACCAGGGCCAGCUCAACAAGUUUGAGUCUCUGGAGCUGUGCAGACCCGUCCUUCAGCAGGGCCGCAAACAACUUCUGGAGAAAUGGCUGAAGGAGGACAAGCUUGAAUGCUCAGAGGAGUUGGGCGACUUGGUGAAGUCUGUGGACCCCACUCUUGCUCUUAGUGUCUACCUGAGGGCCAACGUACCCAACAAAGUCAUUCAGUGUUUCGCAGAAACCGGCCAGUUCCCCAAGAUUGUCCUGUAUGCCAAAAAGGUGGGCUAUACUCCAGACUGGAUCUUCCUGCUGAGGAACGUGAUGCGGAUCAGUCCUGAUCAGGGUCUGCAGUUUGCUCAGAUGCUCGUUCAGGAUGAGGAACCGCUGGCUGACAUCACACAGAUCGUUGAUGUGUUUAUGGAGUAUAACCUGGUCCAGCAGUGCACGUCCUUCCUUUUAGAUGCUCUGAAAAACAACCGCCCAUCAGAAGGUCCACUGCAGACCCGUCUGCUGGAGAUGAACCUGAUGCAUGCACCACAGGUUGCAGAUGCCAUCCUAGGAAAUCAGAUGUUCACUAACUACGAUCGUGCCCACAUUGCCCAGCUGUGUGAGAAGGCAGGGCUUCUGCAGAGAGCUUUAGAGCACUAUACCGACCUGUAUGACAUCAAACGAGCUGUCGUACACACGCACCUGCUCAACCCAGAGUGGCUGGUGAACUACUUUGGCGCUCUGUCAGUGGAGGACUCUCUGGAGUGUCUGAGAGCCAUGCUUUCUGCUAACAUCAGGCAGAACCUUCAGAUCUGUGUCCAGGUGGCCUCCAAGUAUCAUGAGCAGCUGAGUACUCAGUCCCUAACUGAGCUUUUCGAGUCUUUCAAGAGUUUUGAGGGUCUGUUCUACUUCCUUGGCUCGAUUGUGAACUUCAGCCAGGACUCAGAGGUGCAUUUCAAAUACAUCCAGGCCGCAUGCAAGACGGGCCAAAUCAAAGAGGUGGAGCGGAUCUGUCGGGAAAGCAACUGCUAUGACCCUGAACAUGUCAAGAACUUUCUCAAGGAAGCUAAACUCACCGACCAGCUGCCUCUCAUUAUUGUGUGCGAUCGCUUCGACUUCGUCCAUGAUCUUGUACUCUACCUGUACCGAAACAACCUGCAGAAGUACAUUGAAAUCUACGUGCAAAAGGUGAACCCAAGCCGUCUGCCUGUGGUAAUUGGAGGGCUUCUGGAUGUUGACUGCUCUGAGGACAUCAUCAAAAACCUGAUCCUGGUUGUGCGGGGCCAGUUUUCCACCGAUGAGCUGGUGGCAGAAGUGGAGAAGAGAAACAGACUGAAGCUGUUGUUGCCAUGGCUGGAGUCUCGUAUCCAUGAGGGCUGUGAAGAGCCAGCUACCCACAAUGCCUUGGCCAAGAUCUACAUCGACAGCAACAACCACCCAGAACGCUUCCUGCGGGAAAACCCGUACUACGACAGCCGUGUGGUGGGGAAAUACUGUGAGAAAAGAGACCCUCACCUGGCCUGUGUUGCCUAUGAGAGAGGACAGUGCGACCAGGAGCUCAUCAACGUGUGCAAUGAGAACUCGCUGUUCAAGAGUUUGUCCCGUUACCUGGUGCGUCGCAGAGACCCGGACCUCUGGGCCAGUGUGCUUUUGGAGACCAACCCCUACAGGAGGCCCCUUAUUGACCAGGUGGUGCAGACAGCCCUGUCAGAGACUCAGGACCCAGAGGAGGUGUCGGUCACAGUGAAGGCCUUCAUGACUGCUGACCUGCCCAAUGAACUCAUUGAGCUCCUGGAAAAGAUCGUCCUGGACAGCUCAGUGUUUAGUGAACACAGAAACCUGCAGAACCUGCUCAUCCUAACAGCCAUCAAAGCAGACCGCACCCGCGUCAUGGAAUACAUCAACCGCCUGGACAAUUACGACGCCCCAGACAUCGCCAACAUCGCCAUCAGCAGCGAGCUGUUCGAGGAGGCCUUUGCUAUCUUCAGGAAGUUUGAUGUCAACACCUCUGCAGUGCAGGUUCUGAUUGAGCACAUCAGUAAUCUGGACCGGGCGUAUGAGUUUGCGGAGCGCUGUAAUGAACCUGCAGUGUGGAGUCAGCUGGCUAAGGCUCAGCUGCAAAAGGGUCUCGUCAAAGAGUCCAUUGACUCCUACAUCAAGGCUGAUGACCCCUCGGCUUACAUGGAGGUGGUUCAGGUUUCUUCCCAGAGUGGUAACUGGGAGGACUUGGUGAAGUUUCUGCAGAUGGCCAGAAAGAAGGCCAGAGAGUCAUAUGUGGAGACAGAGCUGAUCUUCGCACUGGCCAAAACCAAUCGUCUCGCUGAACUGGAGGAGUUUAUAAAUGGACCAAAUAAUGCACACAUCCAGCAGGUUGGAGAUCGCUGCUAUGACGAGAAGAUGUACGAGGCUGCCAAACUUCUGUACAAUAACGUCUCCAACUUCGGCCGCUUGGCUUCUACACUGGUCCACUUGGGCGAGUAUCAAGCCGCCGUGGACGGUGCCCGCAAGGCUAACAGCACUCGCACAUGGAAGGAGGUGUGCUUUGCUUGUGUGGAUGGGAAGGAGUUCAGAUUGGCUCAGAUGUGUGGCCUUCACAUCGUGGUUCAUGCCGAUGAACUAGAAGAGCUCAUCAACUAUUACCAGGACCGUGGCUAUUUUGAGGAGCUGAUCACCAUGCUGGAGGCGGCGUUAGGGUUGGAGCGCGCUCACAUGGGCAUGUUCACAGAGCUGGCCAUCCUCUACUCUAAAUUCAAACCACAGAAGAUGAGGGAACACCUGGAACUCUUCUGGUCCAGAGUCAACAUUAUAUAUAUAUAUAUAUAUAUAUAUAUAUAUAUAUACAGUAUUUAUGAAGAAUACGACAACGCCAUCAUCACCAUGAUGAGCCAUCCCACAGAUGCCUGGAAAGAGGGACAGUUCAAGGACAUCAUCACCAAGGUGGCUAACGUGGAACUGUACUACAAAGCAAUCCAUUUUUAUCUGGAGUUCAAGCCCUUGUUACUGAACGACCUGCUCAUAGUUCUUUCCCCAAGACUGGAUCACUCGCGUGCCGUCAACUUCUUCAGCAAGGUUAAACAGCUUCCUCUCAUCAAGCCUUACCUGCGGUCAGUACAAAACCACAACAACAAGUCUGUCAGUGAAGCACUUAACAACCUCUUCAUCUCAGAGGAAGACUAUCAGGCACUCAGGACAUCUAUAGACGCAUACGAUAACUUUGACAACAUCUCACUGGCCCAGCGUCUGGAGAAACACGAGCUGAUCGAGUUCAGGAGAAUCGCUGCUUACCUCUUCAAGGGUAACAACCGAUGGAAGCAGAGCGUGGAGCUGUGCAAGAAAGACAAACUCUACAAGGAUGCCAUGCUGUAUGCAUCAGAGUCGAAGGACACAGAGCUGGCCGAGGAGCUGUUGCAGUGGUUCCUUCGGGAAGAUAAGAAGGAGUGUUUCGCCGCCUGCCUCUUCACCUGCUACGACCUGCUCAGGCCUGAUGUGGUGCUGGAGACGGCGUGGAGGCACAACAUCAUGGACUUUGCCAUGCCUUACUUCAUCCAGGUGAUGAGGGAAUACCUCAGCAAGGUGGACAAGCUGGAUACCUCUGAGUCCUUGAGGAAAGAGGAGGAGCAGGCGACAGAGACUCAACCCAUUGUUUAUGGCACGCCUCAGCUUAUGCUGACAGCAGGUCCCAGUGUGCCUGUCCCCCCGCAGCAGGCUUACGGCUAUGGGUACACAGCAGCUCCUGGCUACCCCCAGGCUCCUCAGGCCCAGCCGGGUUUCGGUUACGGCAUGUAAGGACUCCCUUACAUGCCGACCCCCGCCCCGUUUCCCGCUCACCCCUAAUCCUGCUGCCACUUGGUUCGGUCCAGCAUCCCCAUGGAUCUCUCUCCCUCAAUCCUCCACCAGUCCGACUCUACCACUUUGUGCUCACAACAGGGGAUUUGAGCAAACGUUAUUCUUUUACUUUACCUUUUUCUUUUUUUUUAAAUGAUCACGUUUGUUUAUCGUGUUUUCUUUAUACCAUCAUGAAGGACUUUAUUUCUAUAUCGUCAAAGAUUUCAUCAAGAAUGAUUUUUUUCACAUUACAAAUACUUACUAGAUUAGAUUUUCCUGUCAAUUUUAUCUGUCAAUAAAAGGGGAAUGGUGUCUACAAUGAGGAGGCUUGUGGAAGAAGCAAGUCAGCGUGAUUUAAAAUGACAAAACAAAAUCGGAUUUGCACUCCGUAGUCAGAGAAAAACAAUUAAUGUAUCAUUUUGAUGUGUGUGAACAGCUUGUCCAGUCUGUCAGCAUUUAAUAUUGUAUAUUCCAGGAAAGAAAAGAAAAUCGAGGAAAACGUGCGACUACCGCCAACACAAACAAACACUACUCAAUACCAGUAAUUCAAUGGGGGUGCGUAGCUCUUGAAAUAUAUUAAAAAAAAGGUUAUUUUAAAUGCAUAAAGAUGUAUUAAUACAGUAACUUCAAACCUUUUCCCUGACCUAUGCAGGUUCUCGUUUUUGUUUUCCAUAUGAAAAACAAACUUCUGUUGUGCAGUAACCCAUGCUCUUUGUGUGGGACCAUCCAUUUGAGGAGGGAUAAUGAUUAAAAUAUAUAUAAAUAUGUAUGCGGCUCUCCACACCUGUGUGUUUUACUAACCUUACCUCUGCUGCAGCGUGUAUGUGUAUGCUGGUUGUUGUGAUGUUUAGGUCACCCUAUGGCACCGAAGUGAGACUAGAAAGCCAGUUUAUCCUGCCAGUUAUUCCUAAACUCAAGUUACCCUUUAUUUGUAAAAAAAAAAAAAA